UGGAGCCAGCAGCUUUCUGUCGUUUCCCAAAGCGAGCAGAGAUUGGAAAGGAGGGGCAGAGGCUGGUCGUGUGAGUUCAGGCCGGUGGGGAGAGUUGCAAAGUUUACUAUUCUGAGAGACCAGAGGGGGAAAGGCUGGUGCUCCAAGCAGCUAGUCCAGAGAGCUCCAUCCACCCGCUGAUCAGAAGCUCCAGGGAGCUGCCCGGCAUGAGAGUCUCAUAAAGGAGUUCUGUGCAACAAGGAACAAACUUCUCCAGCGUCUGAAAGUUUCCUAUGUGGCUGCCCUGCCUGCCAACAUGAAAGACGAUUUUGCAGAAGAAGAGGAGGUUCAGUCCUUUGGCUAUAAGAGGUUUGGCAUUCAAGAAGGAACACAAUGCACCAAGUGUAAAAGCAACUGGGCACUGAAGUUUUCCAUCAUACUGUUGUAUAUAUUAUGUGCCUUGUUAACAAUAACAGUAGCCAUUCUUGGAUACAAAGUUGUAGAAAAAAUGGACAAUGUUACUGGAGGAAUGGAAAAUUCACAUAAAAGAUAUGCUGAGAAACUCACAACAGUGGAGGGUGACCUGAAAAAAUUGGAUUACCAAGCUGCAGAGAAAGCUGUGAGCACCAACACAGAGCUUUCAAGCUUCAAGGCUGACAUUCUGGCCCUCCGCCAACAGCUUCAUGAGAUUUCAGAGAAAACAGCAAAGAACAAAGAUACACUGGAGAAGUUGCAGGAGUCUGGGAACAUGUUAGAUGAGCGGCAGAGCCAAAUGAAAGGUGUUUUGGAUAGCAACUCUUUCAUGAUUUUAAGUGUCAACAAAACUCUCCAAGCUUACAAUGGCUACAUCAACGACCUUCAGAAAGACACGAGUAACAUUCAGACAAGUUUGCAAAGUCAAAUGCACUCACAUAACAUAGUCAUCAUGAAUCUGAACAAUCUCAAUCAGACCCAAGUUCAGCAAAGAGAUCUUAUUAGUGCUUUGCAGAGAUCUGUGGAUGAUACAAGUCAAGCUAUCCAAAGGAUCAAAAGCGACUUUCAAAACCUUCAGCAGGUUGCCCUCCAAGCACGGAAGGACACAGACUGGCUCAAAGAGAAAGUGCAGAAUUUGCAGACAUUAGCAGCCAAUAACUCAGCUUUGGCCAAAGCUAAUAAUGAUACACUUGAGGAUAUGAGCAGUCAGCUUAGCUCAUUCAGUGGACAGAUGGAGAACAUCACCACUAUUGCACAAGUCAAUGAACAAAGUUUGAAGGAGCUCCAAGAACGCCAUAAAGAAUAUGAAAAUGGAACAUCUGCCAAGUUUAGCCAGCAAGAAGACCGAUUUCAAAACUUUGAGAAAGAUAUUGUCAACAUCAUUAGUAAUAUUAGCUACACGGCUCAUCACUUGCGGACACUAACUAGCAACCUCAACGAUGUCCGGACAACAUGCACAGAUACUCUUAGUAAACAUACAGACGAGCUGACUUUUAUGAACAACACAUUAGCUAAUAUUCGCCUGGAUGCAACUGCUCUCAGGAUGCAACAGGAUGUGAUGAGGACAAGAUUAGAUAUUGAAGUAUCCAAUUUAUCUGUAGUAAUGGAAGAAAUGAAGUUGGUAGAUUCUAAACAUGGCCAGCUCAUUAAGAAUUUCACAAUACUACAAGGACCUCCAGGCCCAAGAGGUCCCAAGGGGGACAGAGGCCCCCAAGGCCCUACCGGCCUUACUGGGCCCAAAGGACAAAAAGGAGAAAAAGGUGAACCAGGACCACCAGGACCUCAAGGUGAAAAGGGACCAAUUGGACCAGCCGGACCACCGGGUGAAAAAGGCGGGAAAGGUUCCAGAGGUUCACCUGGAUCCAAAGGCCAGAGAGGUUCAACGGGGAAGACUGGUCUGCCAGGACCUAGUGGAGAACCAGGACUACCUGGACCACCUGGCAAAGAUGGCCCCCCUGGCCCACAGGGCCCCCCUGGGCCUCAAGGUCUACAAGGAAUUGUUGGGGAGCCAGGAAUACCUGGUCCACGUGGGCUGCCUGGUCUGCCUGGUGCACCUGGAAUGCGUGGACUACAGGGCCAACCUGGACCUCCUGGCCCACCAGGUCCAGGAAUACCGGUGGCACUACAAAGCGAGGCUAAUGGUUGUCCUGUUUACUGGAAGAAUUUUUCGGGCAAUUGUUACUACUUUUCAUCGGAAAGAGCCAUUUUUGAAGACGCAAAGGCUUUCUGUGAAGAAAAAUCAUCACAUUUGGUUUUUAUAAACAGUAAAGAGGAGCAGCAAUGGCUAAAAAAACAGGUUGUUGCAAAAGGCAGCUUCUGGAUUGGCCUCACGGACUCAGUGAAAGAAGAUGAAUGGCGAUGGCUGGAUGGAACCUUACCAGAAUAUAUAAACUGGAGCGCUGGACAACCCGAUAACUGGAAACAUGGCCAUGGACCUGGGGAAGAUUGUGCUGGGUUAAUCCAUGCUGGGCUUUGGAACGACUUUCACUGUGAAGAUGUUAACAGUUUUAUUUGUGAGCAGGAGAUGGACAAAGCUGAAGCUCUGGGAUUGUAAUAGGCUGUGAACCUUAUAAGAGACACAAAUGAGUGAGAUUUCCUGAAUGAUGAAGUAUCCUCUGGGACAGAACCAUCACCCAACCAAAAGGGGGAGCACUGAGAACAUUGAUGAAAAAAAUUCAUCAGCACAAUUCGUCCGCCUUCUCUUCUAAUUUUUCAGGGGCUUUACAACGUUGCACAAACGCGUCAAUUGGAAAUACAAUUGGACUAAACCAGCUAUAGAUCCUCUUCAACCACAAAACAUACAGAUGCUGAAGAUUUAUAAAACAAUGGACUAUGCCAAGAUGACUACAAAUCAUGACUUUUCCACAGGAAGAAAAAAAGAAUACAAACCUACUGUGUAAACACAAUAGCCACUUGCUAAAAUCCCAAAUACUGGCAAAUUAUAUAAAUAUACAUUUAUAAAUAUAUAUAAAUUUUAUAUAUAAAUAUAUAUAGGCCAAUUCUGAUCAGUAAUAUAGAAUAUACUUUUAAAAUUUUUGUAUUUUUGUACAAAACAUUUGCUUACUACAAUGGUCUUUUUAACUGCCUUUUUAUAUAAAUAUAGUACACAGAAGCCAAAGAAAAUAGCAGUGAUACUACUUAUAAUUCACUAGAAAUGAUUGUCAGGUAUAAGUCUCAUCAGUUUAAAACACAGUUUUGUUUUAUAGAUAAAUAUAUAUGCCGGAUAAAUUACCCUAGCUUAAUAACUUUUGAAGUUGACUGUAGGUGGCAUUUGCCGUAUUUUAGCAGUCAUCACCAAUCUGGUGCCCUUCACAUGUUUGGAAGCAUAGCAGUGCUGGCUGGGACUGAUGGGGAUUCUAGUGCAAAACAUCUGGAUGCCACCGCAUUGGCUAAGCCCAGCAUAGAGCAAGUUGUGAUCCCAAAGAUAGAUAUGAUGCGGUUGUCUAAUACCAUUUUUCUGAUUUGGUUCCAUUUCAUGUGAUGGAAUGACUGCAAGAUAUGCAGAGUAAACCACAUACAGAUGGGAGCCUAACAACUGCUACAAUGCUGUCUUCAAAGAAGUGGUGUCACCAAUGAGUGCAGAGGCCAGAACUCAGUAGCAGAGCAGAUUCUUUGCAUGCAGAAGGCCUCAGGCUUAGUCUCUAGUAUUUCCAAUUCAAAGGAUCAGUACAUAGUGAUGGGGAUGACCUCUGCUAAAGACCUUGGACAACUACUUAUACUGGGCCAGAUGGACAAAUAGUCCCAACUGUUUUAAGACAGAUUCCUACAUUCCUGUUACUGUAUCUCCUUCCUAUCUAGAAGGUUUGUGUUGCCAAGAACUCAACUGUAAUACAGACAAAUGGAAACCUAAAGCCAAACUAGGCAGUUCAUGCAGUUCAAUGUGUGUAACUUGUCCUCAAUGUCUUUUUGGUUGGUUGGUUGGUUGGUUGGUUGGUUGGCUUACCCCAAAAAUAUUUGAGAGGAGCUAAUGGGCAAUGGAACAACAGUACCCUUUCCUUUUUAGCCAUGUUUCCACUCCAAUCAGUUCCUCCAAGCUGCACCUCUUUUCUCGGCAGGGAAGAAUGGCGUCUUACGGGAUAGAUUAAGUGCCUCCUUUCCCAGUGCUGCUCCUCUGCUACUUGACAACCAUUCCAAAAGGGGUUUGAGUGCUGUUGUUUUUUAAAGACACUGAAGAGAACUUAUAUGCAUCUGCUUCUAGUUUGGUCCUCAGCUGGCACAAAUACUGGCAUUAAGACUUCCUGUGCAAACAUAAUGUUCAGGAAUGAAUUUUGCUUCAAGUAAAUUUUGUGCUCAAAAUAAAUGACAUGUCGCACAUUUUGACCUU